GCAAAGAAAAAGAAAAAGAGAGGGAAAGGAGGAGAAGAAGAGAGGAAGGGUGGGAGAGAGAGACUGAGAACACAGUUAGACACUCAUUGCUUUCAUUCCUGGCUCCCAUGGACACAGCCCAGAAGGAGCACUAUGGGCCCCUCUGGGGACAGGCUUGAAGCUGGCAGGCUUCUUUUACCCACAGGGCUAUUUAGAGCUCUGGCCUCUCUAGCAGGAAUUGGUGCCAUCGCCCAAGGAGCUAGCAUUCCUGACCAGGGGAGGUAGGGAGGGAAGAAGAGAGCUUUCAAGUGUAUUUAACAUUCUCCUGCCAGCCCUCUCCAACGGUCUCCCUCCGUUCUUUCUCCAAAACACCAGACUCGUAAGUUUACUGAAGAAAAACAAACCCGUUAAUCCAGACUCAGCCUGACAUAGCAAAAGAAACAAGACAUAGUCUCAUGCUGAGAACCCUGGAUUUGGAGAAAUCUGACUGGGAGCUGUGUUGGGGGAGCCUAUUGUAUUGUAUCACUAUUUUAUUGACAAGGAGGCUGAAGAAUGACUACCCUCAAUCCUGUGUUACUCUGGAAACUCAUUUAACAAUAGUGGGAUUUCAUCUGACGAGGCAGUUCUGGUCUCAGAAAGACACAGGUUCAACCACUGAUCUCUGAUUAAAAGCCAGGGGUCAGCAUCCCAGCCUUCCAAUAUCAGGUUAGCUGUGGCACCUUAUUGUCUCUAGACCCUGAAGAAGAUGGAGAGGCACAUGGUCAGGGAACAACUGUAUAAGCACUUUGAUUUGGAGAGGAAGAAUGCCAAGCAGGCUGCAGCCAGACUGGACCAAAGACUGCAGAGACUGGAGUACAUCUGCCUCUACCAUACAAAAUUGCUGACCUGGGAGCAGAAGCAGCUCCAAAAAGAACUGCAGAGGUUACGGCAAGCAGAAACCAUGAAGAAACAUUUCUCCUCUUAUUUGGGGAAUGGAAUUCAGAAGAGACCAGAAGAUGUUCUCAUGUUCUCACCACAGGGAGGGCAGAAGCACAGAGUCCCACAGGCUAAGAAAAUGAGAGCAUCAGCAACCAGUAGGACCCAAGACACAUACAAAAGCAAGUCCCAGGUUCCUCCUUCACGUGACACUGGCCUCAAAGACCCCAUGAGGAGCAAAGAGCAGCCACUGUCUCAAAAUAACAGAACUGCCUGCUUCAUAAAAGAGCCUCCACAAGCCCAAGAGAAAGGUUCUGUGAAUCCACCUAAGGACAUAGACACCAGCAAGGGCAUCUGUGUUCUGUGCCAAGAUCAAGCGGUUUCCACCAACACCACAGAACAAGGUCCUAGUUCCAGCCCAACUAGUGAUAGUGGAAUGGCACGUGCUGAUGAAACCAGAUCAAAAGAUGUUGCUCUAAAGCCAGGUGGGAACACUGGAAAACAAAUGCCCCCAAAUCACGUGGAAUGUGCAGGACGCUUCCAAGGCGAGUUCACAAAGCCAACCUUCUUAGAGUUGCUUUCAAAGGCCAGAAAUGCCCAUUAUCUCCGGCAUAGGGUCCCUCCUGAGUCGGAGAGGUUGCUUAGCAUUGCGGAGAUAUUUGGGCAUGGGGAAUCCUCAUUGUCCAGGGCAGGAGAGGAGUGUGAAAACAGGGUGCCUUCUAAGUUUCUUCCUCUAAACCAUUUAACAUAGACCUCACAGUAACAUAUGCCAUUAUUGCUAAGGAAAUGUGCUCCUCAAAUGACUAUGUUAAGCAAUACAGAGAAAAACAAACAAACAUAAUUGAAUUACAAUUUUAUUUUAAACUCCCUAUUUUUUUUUCCGGGAAUAUAAUAUUUCUUAGCCAGGCACAGUGGCUCACGCCUAUAAUCCCAGCACUUUGGGAGGCAGAGGUGGGCAUAUCACCUGAGGUCAGGAGUUCAAGACCAGCCUGACCAACAUGGAGAAACCCCAUCUCUACUAAAAAUACAAAAUUAGCUGGGUGUGGUGGCACAUGCCUGUAUUCCCAGCUACUCAGGAGGCUGAAGCAGGAGAAUCACUUGAGCCUGGGAGGUGGAGGUUGCGGUGAGCCAAGAUCACUCCACUGCACUCCAGUCUCGGUAACAAAAGCAAAACUACAUCUCAAAAAAAAAAUUCUUGAAUGAACGAUGCUAACAUAUGAAAAAGGAGAGAAGAAUGAAUCUUCUGAAAAUAUUUUAAGUGAUAUGUUUAUGAUGUCAUCAAAAAUAUGAAUAUAUAUUGAUGACUGGACUUGAUGGGAAAAUAGUAAGAGUCCGGCUUUCAGGGACUUCCUGUUUCUUCUAAAAGAUUCUCAUGGUGCCACCUGCUGGCAAAACGGCAUAGCUAUUCUCUUUGUUUUAGUUCGAUACAUGGUAGUGGUAGAAAUGGGAAUGCAAUUAUAAGUAUGUUCUGUAACGUGGUCCAUAAAGAAAACCUGCUCUUAACCACA